AUGGAAGACGAAAUAGAAUUUUUAAACGUAAUUGAAAAUCAAGAAUUUUUAGAGAAUUUAGCAGCACCAAGAAAGUCAUAUAGAUAUAUAAAUUGUUUCGAUUUGCCGGAUAACCAGUUUAAAAGAACAAGAACAUUAAUUGAUGUAGUAAGACCUUUCAUCCAAGAUAGAAGUCGGGCUUCGGCACUGCCAGUAGAGGCCAAAAGACGAAGUUUGGCCCCAAGUCAAAAAGACAAAAUUCAAAAUACACUUUCACAGCAAACAAACUGUUUCGUUUCACCUUUACCUGCAAAGCGUACAAGAGAUCAUUCUAAAGAUAAUAAGAAUAAUUGCAAACGUCCACCUCUCACUCAGAUUACCGCAGAAAUUAUUAUUAUAUCUGAUCACGAAGAAGUUAUCAAAAAAUUAUCUAGACCAUUCAAGUGUCCAAUUCCAAACUAUGAAGGCUCAAAUUCUACCAGAAAUUUGGGCAUUAGGAGACCACAAGUUAAAAGAGCUCUAUAUGAUCCCAACAUGCCAAAUGCCUUAGUAUUAUAUGCUCCUCCCGAAGUUUCCCAGCAUGAUAAACUCAAAUCAGAAGGGUAUUUGAAUUUUUGGCUCAAAGGCCGUUUACAAUCAAUCAUUAUGGAUGGUGGUGCAGAUGCAAAGAAAAAAUUACUACAGUUUAUGCAAGGACAGGGUAGAACCUCCAUACCCGUACUCAUAAUUUCUUAUGAAACAUUUAGGAUGCAUGCUUCAAUUUUACAUAGCAGUGAAAUAGGAUUAGUUCUAUGUGAUGAAGGCCACAGAUUAAAAAAUUGCGAAAAUCAAACAUACAGAGCAUUGAUGGGACUUAAAGCGAAAAGAAGAGUCUUACUUAGUGGUACACCUAUUCAGAAUGAUUUACUAGAAUAUUUCAGUUUAAUACAUUUUGUAAAUGAAGGGUUGCUGGGCAAUGCCUCUGAAUUUAAAAAGAAAUUUGAGAACUACAUUCUGAGAGGUCAAGACUCUACUGCCACUGAUUUGGAACGUCAGCAUGCUUCUGAAAGGCUUCUAGAACUCACAAACAUAGUGAAUAAAUGCUUGAUUCGCCGUACUUCAUCCCUUUUAACCAAAUAUUUACCAGUUAAGUUCGAAAUGAUAAUAAUUUGCCAAUUGACGCCCAUACAAAAGCAACUCUACCUCAACUACAUCAAUUCGGAGUUCAUAAAAAGAUCCGUAAAUGGAGAGGAAAGAUCUGGCAACACCCUGAGCAGCUUGGCCAGCAUUACAACGUUGAAAAAAUUGUGCAAUCAUCCGGAUCUCAUAUUGGAUAAGAUUGAAGAAGGGUCAGAGGGAUUCGAAAAGAGUAGAAACCUUUUGCCGCCCAAAAACGGUUCUAACGACGUAAGGCCCGAGUUAUCUGGAAAGUUGAUGCUUUUAGAUUGUUUUUUGGCUAACCUUAAGGCCAAUUAUAGUGAUAAGAUUGUUUUAGUUUCUAAUUACACUCAGACUUUGGAUUUAUUCGAAACUUUAUGUAAGAAACGAGGCUAUCUUUACGUUCGUCUAGAUGGUACAAUGACGAUAAAAAAGAGGGCAAAAGUUGUAGAAAAUUUCAACAAUCCCGAAUCAAAGGAAUUUAUAUUUAUGCUGAGUUCUAAAGCAGGCGGUUGCGGUCUCAAUUUGAUUGGUGCCAAUAGGUUGAUCAUGUUUGAUCCUGAUUGGAAUCCGGCUAACGAUGACCAAGCCAUGGCUAGAGUAUGGAGGGAUGGGCAACAGAAACCGUGUUUCAUUUAUAGGUUUUUGGCUGUAAGCGGGUUCGAUAGAGGAAAAGAUUUUCCAACGACAGGCUCACAAAAAGGCUCUCAGCUCGACAGUGGUGGAUAUGAAUGAAGAAACGGCUAGGCAUUUCAGUGUUGCUGAAUUAAGGGAUCUCUUUAGAUUAGAAAAUACAGAGUCGGACACGCAUCAAAGAUUAAAAUGCAAAAGGUGCCUUAAUAAAAUUCAAAUAAAAAAUCCACCAGAAGAAGCCGAUUGCACUGAUGAUUUAUCCCAGUGGUAUCAUUGUUGGGAUAAAAAAGGAUUGGCAGAUAUGGUACUGAAACAAAUUUGGGACAUGUCGAAAUAUAUAUCUUUCGUGUUCCAUCAAAAAUCUGCUAAAGCGGAGAUUACAGCCGUGAAAAAUUCUGAAGAGGAAGAUCCUGAUUUUAAUGAUAAGGAAGAGGAUGACCAAGAUUCCGAUUAUUCUGAUUAGAAAUAAGUUUAUGAAAAUGUUUGUAUUUAUUAUUGUUAUUAUAUUAUAAUUUAAAUAUUCUAACAGCCGUAUGCAUAGUCGAUCGCCAGCGACUCGCCAGCGCCUCGCCAGAGAUUCAUUUCGGCGCAUCGCCAGCGAUCCGCCGGCGAAAGCCCAAAAAGGUGGCGACUCGCUGGAGAUUGUCACCGGCAUGUCAUUUCACGCAAGUUUUUAAGUUAUUUUAUAGGGAAAAAUUUGAUAUUCGUUUAUUGUUUUUUGAGUUUUAAGAAAUGAA